CUUACUUACAUAUUAAAUUCUAUUUAAAGACGCGGGUUGUUGCCUUUGAAUAUGCACCAUGGCCUCCAUUUCUAAUCAAAGUUGGGACUCUCAGUCUCUGCAAAAUAAUCCAGAAAUUAGGAGUGCAUUAGAAGUGGAAGCUGUUAAUGUUCCGACGUCGAGCUCAAGAAAGAGAGAGGGAUCAGGACGAGUUGUUGAAAAAGGUGGUGUUUUCUUGACUUGGGAGGAUUUGUGGGUUACUGUUAAUGGGAAACAUGGCAGCCGAUCAAUCCUUCAAGGUCUAACAGGCUAUGCCCGGCCGGGAGAGCUCUUGGCCAUCAUGGGUCCUUCUGGUUGUGGCAAAUCUACGCUCCUCGACACAUUGGCAGGAAGACUAGAUCCAAAAGCAAGGCAAACAGGAGAUAUUCUGAUCAAUGGACGGAAACAAUCAUCAGUAGCUUACGGAACACUGGCAUAUGUAACCCAAGAUGAUGCACUAAUCACUACACUUACUGUAAGAGAAGCCAUCGGCUACUCUGCUCAGCUCCAAUUACCGGAUACAAUGUCUGUGGCAGAGAAGAAGGAGAGAGCAGAAAUGACAAUAAAGGAAAUGGGGUUGGAAGAUGCCAUGGAUACACGUAUUGGGGGGUGGGGAGCCAAAGGACUAAGCGGUGGCCAGAAGAGGAGAGUCAGCAUUUGUAUAGAAAUGCUGACACAUCCUAGACUUCUGUUCCUUGAUGAACCGACUAGUGGCCUUGACAGUGCAGCAUCAUACUAUGUUAUGAGCAGAAUCGCAAGCCUGAAUCGAAGAGAUGGAAUUGGGAGAACGAUUGUUGCGUCAAUCCAUCAGCCUAGCAGUGAAGUCUUUCAGCUUUUCACCAACCUUUAUCUUCUGUCCUCUGGUAGGACAGUCUAUUUUGGUCCUGCCUCCGCCACAAGUGAGUUCUUCGCGUUAAAUGGAUUCCCUUGCCCAGCUGUCCAAAACCCUUCUGAUCAUUUCCUCAAAACUAUAAACAAGGAUUUUGAGCAGGAUAUUGAGCAGGGUUAUCCUAAUGCUUUGCCUACAGAGGAAGUAAUCAAAAUUCUGGUAAACUCAUACAAAUCUUCUGAGACUUUCAAACAAGUUCAGAAGGAUAUAGCUCAAAUCCAUGAACAGGUUUCUGGAACAUUAGAGAAAAGGAAGCGUGCAGGCUUCUUCACUCAGUGCCAAGUCCUAACCAGGAGGUCUUUCACAAACAUGUUCCGCGAUCUGGGAUACUACUGGCUUCGUUUGAUAGUAUACAUUGCAUUGGCUUUGGGGCUUGCCACUCUUUUUAGUCAUCUUGGACACAGCUAUAACUCAAUUCAGGCAAGAGGAUCAUUGAUUAUGUUCAUAGCUUCAUUUCUCACUUUCAUGGCCAUUGGAGGAUUCCCAUCCUUUGUGGAAGACAUGAAGGUAUUUGAACGGGAAAGACUAAACCGGCACUAUUCUGUCACUGCCUUUGUUAUUGGCAACACAUUCUCUGCCCUGCCAUUUCUGAUACUUAUAGCACUUGUCCCCGGAGUAAUUACUUACUAUCUCCCUGGACUGCAUAAGGGAGCCGACCGCUUCUUCUACUUUGUGGCAGUAUUAUUUGCUUGUAUGAUGUUGGUUGAGAGCUUGAUGAUGACUGUGGCAAGCAUAGUCCCCAAUUUCCUAAUGGGCAUAAUAACCGGUGCCGGAAUCCAAGGUCUCAUGAUCCUAGGUGGCGGGUUUUUCCGAUUACCCGACGAUAUGCCCGAUCCAUUCUGGAAGUAUCCUCUAUACUACCUUAGUUUCCACAGGUAUGCCAUACAGGGGAUGUUCAAGAAUGAAUUUGAAGGUUUAAGGAUUCAUAACAUGCCUGGCAGAAGGCCAACCUUCAUUAAUGGCCAUGUGGUUAUAAGGGAUAAUUGGCAAGCGGAGAUGGCUUACUCCAAAUGGGUCGAUCUUGCUGUCUUGUUGGGAAUGGUGGUUUUCUAUCGGGGUUUGUUCUUGAUCAUCAUUAAGCUGACAGAAAAGUUGAAACCUACUAUCAUGGGUUGGCUGAAACGGAAUCCAAAGAAGACAAUUCAAGUUAUUGCGAAUCCAAAUAGGACACCCCUUUACUAGAACAUGUAGUGUUUUACCGUCUAUAAUUUAGACUCUAAUUGAUAUUGUUAUGUCAUGUUUAUAGUUGCGUAAUACGUAACGUGUUUGCAGCUACAUAAAAUCAUUGUAUUAUGUUGUUGACAACAACCAAAAAAAAAAUUAAUGUUUAUGAGAAGUGCUUUGGAUAAGUCAAUUGUCAAUUUUAAUCGUUUGGUAACUAUAAUGAAAAUAUUAUUAAGUA